GAGAGACUUCCGGGCUAAGCGGCGGGCUCCCGGGGGCGGGGCCGGCUCCGGGGGCGGCCAAUCGCAGGCCCGCUGCGCCCGUGCCCGCCUCCGCGCGUUCACUUAUGUUCCCAGUGUCAGUCUGUGUCUCUGCUGUCCUUUUUCUGGACGUUACCAACUCUGUUGGCUUCUCGGGCUUCGUGUCUGUGUCCUCAGUCUAUUUUGUAUUUCACCUCGUUUCUCUCCAUCUCUUCAGCCUCUGUGCGGGUCGUUCCCCAGGCAUCUGAGACCUGACGGCCCAUUCCCGCGCCAAGUGGAAGAGCCCCCACAGCCCAGCUCUGACGUGCGAGAGAAGGUGGACACGCGGUCUGGCGCAGAGGUCAUGGAAGAAGUGACAUCGUGCUCCAUCAACAGCCCUCUGUUCCAGCAGGAAGAUGAGAAAGGGAUUACCUACCGGAUCCCAGCCCUGCUCUAUGUGCCUCCCACCCACACCUUCCUGGCCUUUGCAGAGAAGCGUUCCACGAGCAGGGAUGAAGACGCUCUCUACUUGGUUCUGAGGCGAGGGUUGAGGAUUGGGCACUCUGUACAGUGGGAACCCCUGAAGCCGCUGAUGGAAGCCACACUGCCUGGUCACCGCACCAUGAACCCCUGUCCUGUGUGGGAGAAGAAUAGUGGUCAUGUGUUCCUGUUCUUCAUCUGUGUGCGGGGCCACGUCACGGAGAAUGAACAGAUCGUGUCGGGCAGGAAUGCGGCCCGCCUCUGCUUCAUCUGCAGUCAGGAUGCUGGGUGUUCAUGGAGUGAGGUCAGGGACUUGACUGAGGAGGUCAUUGGCCCAGAGAUGAAGCACUGGGCCACAUUUGCUGUGGGUCCAGGUCAUGGCAUUCAGCUGCAGUCGGGGAGGCUGGUCAUCCCUGCGUACACCUACUACAUCCCUUACUGGUUCUUUUGCUUGAGGAUACCAUGUAAAGUCAGGCCUCACUCACUGAUGAUCUUCAGUGAUGACCUAGGAGCCACAUGGCACCAUGGCAGCCUCAUUAGGUCCUUGGUGACAGUGGAGUGCGAAGUGGCAGAGGUGACUGGGAGGGCUGGUCACUCUGUGCUAUAUUGCAGUGCCCGGACACCCAACAGAUGCCGGGCAGAGGCUCUCAGCACUGACCGUGGUGAAUGUUUUCAGAGAGCAACCCUAAGCCGACAGCUCUGUGAGCCCCCGCAUGGCUGCCAAGGCAGUGUUGUAAGUUUCCUGCCCCUGCAGAUCCUACAUAGGCGCCAGGACUCUAGUGGCCAAGAUGCUCCCGCCAUUCAGCAGUCUGUGCCAAGCAGUUCACUGAGACUGGAGGAGGAAGCUGGAACACCCUCACAAUCGUGGCUCUUGUACUCACACCCGGUCAAUAACAAACGGAGGGUUGACCUAGGUAUCUACCUCAACAAGGCCCCUUUGGAAGCUGCCUGCUGGUCCCACCCCUGGAUUUUGCACCGUGGGCCCUGUGGCUACUCUGAUCUGGCUGCUGUGGAGGAGGGGGGCUUGUUUGCAUGUUUGUUUGAAUGUGGGACCAAGCAGGAGUGUGAACAGAUUGCCUUCUGCCUGUUCACAGACCAAGAGGUCCUGAGCCACAUGCAGGGGGACUGCACCAGCCCUGGUAAGAAUCUGAGUCAUUUCAAGUCUAACUAAUUGGCUUGUGACUCAACUUUCUGUCCAAAGAAAUGGCAGCCACAGCCAGAAUAAUAAAGGUUACUAGAAUCUUCAGAGAAUCCCAAAACAUAGUAUUUUGUUCCCUUCCUUUUCUCACUUUUGCCACUCCAAAGAACAAAAUGAAAAUUUUGCCAUAUUUACUGCAGAGGAAAGAGCACUGAACUGGGAGUUGGAAGACCAUGACAUGGUUCUGGCUCUGCCACUGACUCCCUUUAGGACCUUGGACUUGUCACCUGAACUCUAGGCCUCAAGUCUCCAUCUGUAAAAUGAGAGGAUUGGUUUUGUGAUUUCUCGUCUUCCCAUUUCUAGAAGAGGCAGAGUACCCGAUGCCCCAUGAUCAGUUAGUUGUCGCUGUUUAAAACACUCUGAUCUCAGAGGACUUAUCUUGUUAAAUGACUUGCCUGCCCCUCAUCCAAAUGUGACGUUGCAAGCCGGUGUCAGGGCAGAAAAGAAGACUAGUAUUAUUUGCUCCAAUUUAAUAACAAAAAUACCCUCAUCUUUCUCAUCAUGUUCAGAGAACUCUUUCUAUCUAGAGGAAUUGAGCAAAAUAGUAGAAUCCUAGAGUAAUUGAGCAAAAUAGUAGAAUCAUGAGAUCACUUACCUUCUUUAGCUUUGUAGCUCUGCUCAAUCUUCCUGUCCUCAUCCGGAAAGCAUCAUUUUCUUGGGAGAAAAGUGAGAAGCUCAGUGCCAGUGGUCCUUGAUAAUCUGCUUAUUGCAUCUGAUGGCAUUACCCUGGUGAAAGAUAAGCCUGAAGUUCAUUUGUUAGGAUGUUUCCUGAACAUGGGUUAUGGAAAAGGACAUGGGUUAUGACUUUAAAACAUUGGACAAAACUUCCUACAAUCUCUGCCUUCAAGGAACUCACAGAUUUUGGGGAUAGAAAAGGGAAAAAAUUCAAGAAAAUAAAUGCCACUGAGGGGGAUAGUUUGUAGUAUUGGGCUACAAGUUGGGGUGAUGACGGCUCACGAUAUCAUUGUUUUAGUUGCAUCUUCAGUACGUCUGGAAUCUUCUGUCCAAGGGCUUGUCCAGGCUGCUGGGUUUCCGUCAAGUUGCUGUUUUCAGAAUGUCCUGGCUCAGCUACUCCUUUAUAUGUGGAGAAGGUCUUCACUAUUGGGUCUGGACUUCCAAAUCUCUGAAUCAGGCCUGUUUGGAACUCCUGGAAUCACUACUCAUGAAGUAGGGAUGCCUUUUUGUCUAAUAGCUUUGGUGCUGAACUUAUCCAGUGCUGUGUCUCUCAGAUGAUACAAGUUUGGUUGUUCCUAUCCUUGAUUAUUUCUAUCACUGUCUGUUAUUGUGACAGAGAUUCUAUCACAAGAGAUUUAUUUUUGGUUCUUCUUUCAGGAGAAUAAUGCCUUAAACUGGUAUCAACUAAAUAUAUUUGGUGCUGGGUAGUGACCAUGGUAAGCAAGUCUUAGUCAUGGAUAUAGCCUAGGAGGCUAUGGGUUGCAAUUGCACCAGUCAAGUGGCAGACAGUUCUACAGGUUGAAUGUAGAGAUUAACUUUGCUAACUUCAGCAUAUUGCUUGAGCUCAUGGCCUAGAGUGUCUUUUCUUAUGCAAUGGUCACUGAAAGAGAAUGCCUUUAAAUAUUCCCUUAACCUCUCAUACAUUUGCCAAAGUAAUUUUCCUAAUACACAGAUAUGAUCAUUCAUUCAUGCAUGUAUACAUUUUUUUUUUUGAGGCAGAGUCUCACUUUGUUGCCCUGGUAGAGUGUGGGUGUCUGUCAUAUCUCACAGCAACCUCAGACUCCUGGGCUCAAGCAAUUCUCUUGCCUUAGUCUCCCAAGUAGCUGGGAUUAUAGGCAACCGCCAUAAUAGUUGGCUAUUUUUAGAGACAGGGUCUUGCUGUAGCUCAAGCUGGUCUCAAACUUUUGAGUUCAGGCGAUCCGCCCACCUCAGCCUCCCAGAGUGCUGGGAUUACUGGCAUGAGCCACUGCACCUGGCCUGUAUACACUUUUCCUGAGUGCAUCAUGCAAGGCAAUUUCUAUUGCUAUUUCUUGGUUCAGAAUCAUUUGGUGGCUCCCCUUGCCUACUAAACAAUGUUUACAUUUAGCUCGACAUGCAGGACCUUCAGUUGUUGGAGGAAGUAAUGCUCCCUCCUUAUAUGAAGCCCAGUGUCAGGGACCAGCUCUGUCAGACUGGCAAGUGGAGCGUGGUGGGCCAGUAGGGGUGGGCAGGGUUGGUGGUGCAGGGAGGAAUUGGGGAAGGGGAGAGGAUUAAAAUGGCAGCUCCCUCCUGAGUGGUAGAAACUCCAUAUUCAGCCCAGCUUUCCUGACUACUGUACUGUCAGUGGAUAGGAAUAAACAACAUUAUAGGCUAAGCCCUAUAAUCAGGGAUAAUGAUUAAGAGAAUGAGAAUGUCAAGAUUUCUUUAGGACUAUCCAAGAAGGAAGUCAAGGCAGGGACCCUGGUUCCAAGGCAUUGUGGACCAGAGAUAUUUCCUGUCUGUCCAUUUCUAAAUUGGCCUCCACUUCCUCCUUCCCCUUGCUUCGUAUUUCUUCAUAAUAGGUGGCAUGAAAACUCUUGACUAGGAAAGACCCUAUAUCCUUAUUUCAGGUAUAGUAAGAAAACAGGGUUGGGGACAGGGAAAAUCUAGAGUAAGGACUCAGGAGAGAAACAGAGUGGGUCAUGGCAGCUAUGAAGAAAAAGAACAGCAGAUCAGAGUCCUGGCACCUUAGGAAGAGGGAGAAAGUGGCAUAGACAUUGAGGCCUAGGCUAGAGAGGUGGUUGUAGGUGGUAGCUGCUGUGAAGAAGAAAUGAUGACUCCCUGAAGCCAGUAGCUUAGCCAACCCUGUAUCUUUAAGCUGGUUUAACUUGCCCAUGUUCCAGGUAACCUGUAAAGGUGGCUAUAGGUACUCCAACUCUGUUUGUGCCAGUUACUCCAGGCCUGCACCAUGAUCCUGGUAGCCUAACUGAGCCCACUUCAGCUGCCUUCAAACUGAUAGAGUGGAAAAGAUAGGGCAGGUGGUGGCAGCUAUGAAGAAAAGAGGAAAGCAGGCAGGAGGCCUAUAAAGUGUAGGUGCCGAGAGAGGACUAUGUAGUAGGCAGCCGCCACCCUGUCCCUGGGACCUUUAGAGUGGAUGCAUCCAGCACCACGUGGCUCACCCUGGGAGUGCAGAAAGAGUGAGCGGGCCUGCUGCUGGUUGGUAUGCACUCAGACUGGUCUGCCCAGGCAGCCUGCUGGGCCUGCUCAAGCUUCUGAUAAUCACCACAGGCCCGUGUUGCUUGGAUGUUUCAUUUGGAUCUAUUCCUUCCUGGUCACCAUUUUCCCCUCAGAUAUCCACAGGAUGCCACGCAGCUACAGGUAAGAGCCUUUGCACGCUGUCUAUUGGGUAACCCAAAGGCCCUGCAGAGGUCCGCCUGAGGCUGCACUACCUCUGUGGGACAGCAGGAGUUGCUAUGUCUAUUUUGGUCAGAUUAGGCUGCUCACUCAUAGGCUGUAAGUUUUCCCUGCUGUCUUGUCAUCCUUUUCGGGGGUGCUAGAGUCCACAGUAUGAGCCUCCCUGUGGUCCUUGCUAUAGGCUGCCUGCUGUGUAUUAUUAUUGUCUGCGUUGUGCCCUCUCGGCCUCUGCUAGGCUGUGAAUUCCUUGAAGGCCAGGUCUGUCUGACACCACUUUUUACUUUGAAUCAUAAUGACUUAACUAUAAAUAUAUUUUAAAAAUCAUAUUCUGAAUUCCUUGAAGGCAAGGAGUAUGUCUGAUUCAUCUCUUUGUUCUGUGCACAGAGAAGACAAUGGGUCAAAGAGGUAAGGAGGCGGGGGUGAGCUCCACUGCAGGGAGGAGGAUGUUGCAUCACUCUAAUGAUCGCACAACAUUUAAAACCUGCUGAACACUCGCACCUAAGUGAGGUCACUUAGGGUGAGUGUUCUUUGUGCUAACUUGCCUCCAGGGCUCUUACACUACUGUUAGGAAUGUGUUUUUCUCUGGCUAGACCUUAAUCCUGUCUGGGUAUCUACAGGAUCUUAGCCCAAGCCCAAAGCCAGGCCUUGAUUUGGGGGUUUCAUUUCACUAACAUUUCCCCUCUGUAAAUUCUGCUUAGAUUUUCUACAACCGCCACUUCUCCAGGACCGCAAGGGAGAUGCUGAGGUUCAGUGUGUCCUGGGAAUGUCUUGGCUCUGUGAUGUCAAGUACCUGGAAUGUUCUCUGUACCCUAAAAACUACCAUUACUGUUUGAAAUAAGAAAGAUGUAUAAAGAGCUUAAUUCUGGUGACUAUUUUUUUUUUCUUAAGGAAAUUAUGAGAUGAUUAUAAUCCUAAUAUCUGGUUUAUUUCCAACUUCUUUCAAAAAAUGAAUUUGGGGUUGUUGCAGGAAGACAAGGCCCAAUGGAGAGAAAGAGUACCCAAACACCACGUUUAUAAGAGGAAGGGCUUUAUUCACCAGCCAGGAGCUUACGGCAUAGAAGAAUUCCAAAUGGCCGCGCUCCCCGACAGCCUUGGUCUUUCCCUUUUUAUUGAUAGUCAAAAAGUUCCACCCCACAGGUACCCUUCUCAUUGGCCAGUUUGAAUCAAGCGGGAGAUGCUAUGCCCACCCCUACAAAACUACAGGAUUUCACAGAACUUGGAAAUUUCCAACUUUCAGGAAGUUAAGUUUACAAAUUCCCAAGAGCUGAGUCACCGUGGAGAGGACCCUGCAGGUGUAUCCUUGUGGUCUCCUUGAGAAGACCUGUUCUUCUAGACUUCACCCUUCUCGGAUAUCUUCUCUCAGGGUAAUUUCUCGCUUUUCAUAAGAACUUUUAUCUUCAGAAAAGUUUGUUAAUAAUAAUCCUUUCAUUUGUAUACAUUAUCAUUUCAACAUAGUUACCUAUUAAGGGAAGCAGGACGGGAAUUAUCAAUGACUGAUAUGAGAGCAGGUCAUACGCUAGCAUUACCCAGAGGAGUUGGAGGUGCAGAAUCACCUUGGACAGCAGCUCCAGUGUUUAUCACUGCACAUCUCAGUCUCUUUACAAAGCACCUUAGGUUAUCCUCAAAUUUUAGCUCUGAAGAAGCCGCAAAUAUUUACCUAAAUAAAAUGAGGUGACAGCUUUUUUUUUUUCUUUUGUUAAGACAGAGCCUCACUAUGUCAUUCUUGGUAGAGUACCUUGUCAUCACAGCUCACAGCAACCUCAAACUCUUGGGCUUAAGUGAUUCUCUUGCCUCAGCCUCCUGAGUAGCUGGGACUACAGGUGCCCACCACAAUGCCUGGCUAUUUUUUUGUUGUUGUAGUUGUCAUUGUUUAGCAGGCCAGGGCUGGGUUCGAACCCAUCAGCCCCAGUGUAUGUGGCCAGUGCCCUAACUAUUGAGCUAUGGGCGCCAAGCCAAGAUGAUAGCUUUUUAAUUGACUUUUUCCACUGGGAUGCUUUAAGGCACUACUGAAUUUGGCCAAAUGUCUGAGCAUAACUCCUUAAGUUCUGGCCAGGUGCGGUGGCUCAUUCCUGUAAUCCUAGCACUCCCAGAGGCCAAGAGGAGUGGAUAUCUUGGGCUCAUGAAUUCAAGACUAGCCUGAACAAAAGUAAGAACCCACCUCUACUAAAAGAGAAAAACUGAAGCAAGAGGAUUACUUGAGCCCAAGAGUUGGAGGUUGCUGUGAGCUAUGACGCCACAGCACUUUACUGAGGGCAACAAAGUGAGACUGUCUCUUAAAAAAAAACAGUUUAAUAAUAAUUAUUUAUAUAAUCCACGAAAAAGAUUGCAUCUUUGAGUUCUCCAAUAGACAGCAUAUUUUUGUGUUUUAUUAUUAGAUUGCUCAGUGUCUGAGGGGUCUUGAACUUGAGGGGAAGAUGCACCGCUGCAUCAGCUUUAGUGCUCAAUUUGUUAAACUUGAUCCAAUAAAACAUCAAAAACCUUGUGAAUAUUUAAACAAUUACAAACUUAAACUGCCUUAAACAUAAAUACCAAUUAGAAAUUCA